AUGGUUCAACUAUCCAUGAUCGCCAUCGUCCUUACCUCCGCUCUCUCCAGCCUAGUCGCUGCUAAGAGCUGCAAAAGGGGUGGCAUCUACUGCGGUACCGACUUGCUCAGAAGAGGUGACUAUAUCACCAAGAUCAACACCAAUCUUCGUGCGCGUAACCUACCCACCUCGGACAUCUACGUCAAGCAAUCGCUUUGGGCUUGCGUUGAACAUGGCGAUAUUCAAUUAAUCCAAUUCUGUGCCUCAGGUUGCAUUGGUGGGGAUAGCAAGGAUGAUUAUUGUACGGGAAGUUCGAAGCCGGCUGGUAAGAGAGAUGAGAUUGAGGAUGAUGAUGAUGAUGAUGUCGAGGUUGAUUUUGUUGAGAGGGAUGUUCCUGUGGAGUGGGUGGCUUGA